CUCUAUGCAUUAAUAGUUGUACCCUAGAUUAAAAUUAGACAAAACUAUUACUUUCUAAUCAGAUACAAUACGGGAAGAGAGAGAAAGGGAGUGUUUGAAGAGGAGAGCGAUCAGAGAGAGAAAAAAAACGAAGGAAAGGGGUAUUCAAUUUUCUGAUUCUUCGGAGAAAAUCGAAAAUGCGAGGCGAAAUUUGAAGGGAUGAGAAGCAAUGGCAGGAAAAACUGCGUGGGUUUCUUCUGAGGAGAAGUGAAUAGAUACAAAUAAAGCUUGAGAGAGAGUGUGUUUUGCGAUGAAUUUUUGAUUAUUCCCCCCACUGAAUCUAAAUUCUGGGAGCUACAAUAAGGUUACCGAUAAAUUGUGGCGGUUUACUUGAGAGUGGGCGAGCAGGGAAAGUAUUCUUUAAUUUGAAUUUUUGGGAUUUAGGUCAAUAAAAGGGCUUGUUUGGAUUGUAGUGAAUUUGCGAUUGGCAGUGGAGGAAUUUGAAUUUUUUUCUUGGAAUUUGGGUUUUGGAGGGAGAGUUUGGUUUGAUUGUGAAAUCGAGAUCUCAUGGUGUGAACUUUUAUUCCUUCCGAUUGUUGUAGUGGGUAAUAGUUCAUCAGCCCGUUGAGAUGGGUUUUCGUUCGGCGGUGUUAGGGUUGUUACUGGACAGGCUAAAUGUUAUUUGGAAAACGAGCUUUCGGAAAUGGAGCGAAACAACCCUAAUUUAGUUUAAGGUUCCGGGGCAUUGUUGUGCAUCGUGUAUUUCUUUCUGUUUACAUGUAUAUUUAGUGUGGAAGGAGAGAUAGAGUGAGAGUGAUAGAGAGAGAGAGAGAUAUAUAUAGAUAGAUACAGAGAGAUGCAACCACCUCAUCAGCAUCCGCGAAUCAAUCUUGACGAGCUGAAAGCACAGAUAAUGAAGAAACUAGGGCCAGAGGGUUCAAAGCAGUACUUGUAUUACUUGCACGGAUUCUUGAAUUUAAAGCUGAAUAAAGUCGAGUUCAACAAGCUCUGUCUGAGAAUACUCGGGCGGGAAAAUAUCCCGCUCCACAAUCAGUUCAUUCGUUCGAUACUGAAAAAUGCAUGUAGUGCAAAAACCCCACCGCCAAUAGCAAGUCACAAGGACGAUGUUUUGAAACACGUUACACAUGUCGGAAGCAAGGAGACCUCAGACCACCAGAACGGGUCCCACAUGGUACUACCUGUCUCGCCCCGUAAGGCUAGAACAGGCUCUCGUGAUAGAAAAAGUGGGGACCGCCUCAGUGCUCUUGCACCUUACACGAAGAUCGGUACUCAAUCGAGUGGUUCUCAUGUUGUUUUGGAAAACGGGAAUUUUCAAUCAAGUAAUCAAGAAUCUACAGUAGUGAAGAGAUUGCCAGAUGGUUUAGCUCCUGUACAUAGCAAGGACCAGACUGAGUCGGUAGUUAGAAAUGACGUGGAAAAAACGGCUUCUGCCAGGAGCCCGCUCGUGGCCCCUCUCGGGGUUCCGUUUGGCCACAUCAGUAUCGGUGGGGCCCGCAGAGGUUUGGCUCCGGCGAGUAGCGGCAAGUUUGUACGCGAGGAUGCAUUGUUGGAUAGUGGUACAUUAAGGGAACAAAUUGAGCAGAUUGCUGUUAAACAGGGGCUUGAGGGGGUAUCGGCUGACUGUGCGAAUAUACUUAACCAUGGUUUAGAUUCUUACUUGAAAGGGUUAAUUAGGUCUUGCAUUGGACUCGUGGGAGCAAAGAACAACGCCCACGAGCAAAACCCUCGUACAAAACUGAUAAACGGUGUGAAACCAGGUCAUCAUUACCAAAUUCAGAAUUCGGAAGUGCGAGAACAAAAAGUCAACCGAGCGAUUUCCUUGCAGGACUUUAGAGUUGCUAUGGAGAUGAAUCCACAGCAGCUCGGUGAAGAUUGGCCUUUGUUGUUAGAGAAAAUAUGUACACAUGCAUUUGAAGAAUAACACGGAUUACGAAAUUCCCUGUUUUACAAGUUAGUACUGGAUCGAAAGGCCUGCUUUGUGGGCCAGGGUGUGGCAUUCAUUGUUCUCUGUGUAUUACGAACAGGGAACAAAGCAGGGCAUCUUUAUGCCAUUCUGCUAUCGGGCUUUUCUUUUAACUGGAAUUAUCGAUUAUCAAGCAAUCAUCUGGAUGAGAAGAAUAUGCCCAAGUUAGGCUGCAGUGUUGUAUGAUUAGCAUUAUCUCCUCUUAUAAUUUUUUUUUUAAUCCUUUUCUUUUUCUUUCUUUUUUCCUGUAAUUUAUAGCCAAUGAGAAAUUCUAGAACAGUUUUGCAGGAAAUAAUUUGUGUAGUUCAGUUAUUUAGAAAGAAAGGGUGGGAUGCGUGUUGCAGUAGUCGUAUGUAUGUAACUUCGUUAAUCAAGAUUUGUUGAAAUUUCUAAAUUUAACAACACGAUUUGACCAA